GGGGAGAGGCGGUGACGUACAGGUAACUGCGCCCCUGCCCGGCGUGCGGUGGCCCCUGUUCGCUCCCGUUUCUGUUGCAAGCACAUGGGAAAUACGGGCAGGGCGAGCUCCAGUCCCCCUCCCGCGCUCCUGCCAGGUCUCCGCGUGAGUCUCUGGCGUCCUGCCUCAGCCGGGCCAGCUCGGGACGCCCCGUGGAUCCGGGAAUUCUUAGGGGCCUUGCGAACCCGGCGGGCCGAGGCCGUCUUGCCCUGGGCCCGGCCGUUCCUGUUGGCUGCAGACGCAGACCGCGAGCUCGAGGACUCUGGUGUCCAGUUUCCCUUGACCUUGAGGACCCGGGAAGGUCGUAUGAGCCAUGGCUAUGACUAGCAUCAGAUUGCCCAGCAGCGUUUUAAGAAAGCCAGAUGCCUGGAUUGGGCUCUGCGGAGCGCUACGAGGGACACCUUCACAUAAACACUGUGCUUCCUGGAAUCGAUACUUAUAUUUGUCUAAUACCAAGUUAAAUGCUUCAAAUUAUAAAACAUUUUUCCAUAACAUUUUCUCACUGAGACUCUCAGGGCUUUUAAUAUCUCAAGAAUAUAUUUUCCCAUUUUCCAUAAGACUCAAAAGUAAUGUAAGCUCUAAAAAAUCCACUAAAAAGACUCUGCAAAAAGUGGAAGAUGAAGGGGACUCUGAUGAAGAGAGUGAGCAUCAUGAGAUGAGUGAGCAGGAAGAGGAGCCAGAGGACGACCCCAGUGCGGUCAGAGACCAUAAGGACCUGGACAAAGUAGUGCAGUCUUUCCGAUAUGAUGUUAUCCUGAAGACAGGCCUAGAUAUCGGGAGAAACAAAGUGGAAGAUGCAUUCUACAAAGGUGAACUCAGGCUGAACGGGGAAAAAUUAUGGAAGAAAAGCAGAACGGUGAAAGUGGGAGAUACAUUGGAUCUUCUAAUUGGAGAGGAUAGAGAAGCAGAAACAGAGACAGUGAUGAGGAUUCUCCUGAAAAAAGUGUUUGAAGAGAAGACCAGCAGUGAGAAAUACAGAGUGGUGUUGCGGCGGUGGAAGCAGUUAAAAUUGCCUAAAAAAAGUGCGCUCAAGUAAACGGGCUGCUUUUUAGCCAUAAAGCUGCUUUCUAGUGCUGGGGGAAGGGGCCAGGUUAAAAGGAGGACGUUUUCAUUAAAAUAAGGUUCUCCUACCAUUUGUGGAAUCUCCUGAGCCAAUUCUGUGGAAGUCAGCAUUCGUAUCGCGGCUCCUAUAGACGCUUCCCUUGGCCUGGAUUUCCCUCCCAGGCUUGAUUUGUCCACAGUUUGACCUCGUGAGCAUGAGUGAGACAUGUGCUGAAUGAACUAAGCCCAGAGAGGGUGUUCAUGACCAGCCUGCUGUUUCCCACGUUAACUACCUCAGGAGGCAGUGCAAAAUAAAUUGGCCUUGUUCUUAGUGUCAUUUCAGUUUUAUCCCUGUCAACCAGCUUCCCUGGGUUCAGGCUUCUUAAGGCAAAACCAAGCCAAGUCAAGGUCCCCUUUAUCUCCUUAGGGGAGCAGCACUGGGAGACCCCUUUAUCCACUGGCCUUUCUGAAUUACCAACAUGUUGGCCUUAGUUCCCUUCAGUUUGUCUCCAGAAGUCUGGAUAGUAAAGUUGUUCCAACUGAUUCCAAAUGGGCUAGUUAGGGCCCAUUUAAAAUUAAUUGUUUAGGGCAUGGGGUUGAUAGACUAAGGCAGCUGGAGGCCUUUUGUAUGGCAUGCAAAUUAGGAAUGGCUUUGACAUAUUUAUUUUUAUUUUUUUUGUGGUACGUGGGCCUCUCACCGCUGUAGCCUCUCC